CCCUUUAAGUGCUGAUCAGGUGACGUAGCGCCCCCCCCCACACUAGCCCCGCCCCCGGCCGGAGCCGCAGCGCAUCAUGCAGAGUUCCGCAGGGGGAGCUCUGUGCCGCCCUCUGGUGCCCCCAUGCUGUAGUGCCCCCAUGUCGGUACCAGGAGGUAGAAGACCCUCAGCAGGAUCCAGGAGGCGAGUCUCUCCCCCAGUAUCAGUGCGGGACUCGUAUGGGGCGUCCUCUGUCAGCAGCAGCACCUCGGGGUCCUACAGGGGGAGUGACAGCAGCCCCUCCUCCAGGCGCCCCACUAAGUACAGCCUUUGCAGUGAGAACCAUGGGAUCAAGCCCCCCACCCCGGAGCAGUACCUGACCCCCCUGCAGCAGAAGGAGGUGUGUAUCAGGCACCUGCGGGCGCGGCUGAAGGACAUGCAGGAUGCGCUGCAUGAGAGGGACACGGAGGUGGACGAGCUGAGGUCCCAGCUGGGCCGGAUGCAGGAGGAUUGGAUCGAGGAGGAAUGUCACCGGGUUGAGGCGCAACUUGCCCUUAAGGCCGCUCAGCGGGAGAUCCAGCAGCUCCGGGACGUUAUGGAUAAUGUGAGGGGGCGCCUGGGGGAGAGCGAUUUGGGGGUGCAGAAAUACUUUGCCGACAUUACGCUGCAGAACCGCAAGCUGGAGACGCUGCUGCAGAACAUGGAACUGGCGCAGGAUCCGCAGGGGACAGAGGGUGUCGGCUCCGCGGGGGAGUCGCCCGGCCGCUCCCUGACCCGAAGCUCCACCUACACGAAGCUGAGCGAGGCCCCCGCGGGGGAGCGCCACUCCCAGGCCGACAGCGGUUUUGCUGCUCCAGACGACAGCAGCGCCGUAUCAUCCGGUACCGAGUUCUGUCUGGGCGAGGGGCCCCUGUGUAUGGGGGUUCAGCCGGCCCCCCUGUGUGCGGAAGCGGGGGUCCAGGCCAGCAGUGUUAGUGACUGUGGGGUACAGACGGAUGUGGCGCCGGGGACCCCAGACCCAGAUAACAUUGCGGAGAAGGUUCUCCUGUCCCAUUCGGCUGCUAAUGAUUCUACCCAGAACCCCCUGGGGCAGGGGGAAGGCGCAGUGACCUCUGACCCCUCCUGUGUUGUUCUGGUCACGGAGGGGGGCCCCGGGGAAGUGGGGGCAGAGGAGUCGCCCCCUCACAGCUACUGGAGCCGGCACUUUGUGGUGGACUUGCUGGCGGUGCUGGUGCCGGUGGUGCCCACAGUGGCCUGGUUGUGCCGCGCCCAGAGGCGCCAGGGGCAGCCGGUCUAUAACAUCAGUUCCCUGCUGCGCGGCUGCUGCUCCGUGGCGCUGCACUCUAUUCGCAGGAUCAGCUGCCGGCCGGCCAACCCUGACGGGCACUAGCCACGGACCCUGGGGGGCAGGUCGGGGGUCACUGAGGCACUGGGGGGGGCAAUAUGCAAGCACGCGCCAACCUCUCCAGGGCGCUUAGUGAUCACAUGACUUGUAAACCAAUGGGAGUGGCCAGCGCCCUCGUGUGUGACACGCUCACUGCCGGCUCCCCAUUGGCUGAUUGUGCAACACACUCGCCGGCUCCCCAUUGGCUGAUUGUGCAACACACUCGCCGGCUCCCCAUUGGCUGAUUGUGCAACACACUCGCCGGCUCCCCAUUGGCAAAGCCAUAAAUGCUGCUGCUACACGUGUGUUUGUGUCGCUUGUGUGUAACACACCUGCCCCCCCACCCAUGGGAAGUACCCCCCCUGCCUUCCCACCUAUUUAUUUGCCUUUCCCUGCGGGACUAGGCCCCGCCCACCCCAGAGCACGAGUGUGUUGCACGUUGGUGUUGCACAUGAUUCUUGUGGGUGUCUCCCUUAUACUGUCGCCGCCCACUCAGCUGAGUGUGAGCACACACCCCUAGCACCUCCAUGGCUGCUCUCAGUGUGCCCGAGGUGUGAGUGGCUGGUACCACUGGCAUUGCAGGAACUUGUCAUUGGGCCUCACUCGCUCCUCAGUAGUACUCUGUACCCAUCUGUCCUGCCGCGGUGUGUGAGUAGGGGGCGUGUCAGUGCUGGGCAUGUGACUGGGGGGCACUAGUGUGUGAGUAGGGGGCGUGUCAGUGCUGGGCAUGUGACUGGGGGGCACUAGUGUGUGAGUAGGGGGCGUGUCAGUGCUGGGCAUGUGACUGGGGGGCACUAGUGUGUGAGUAGGG